UGGAUGGACAUUCAUUACCUAUAUUGUGUGUCUUGGCAGUUCUUACUAUGGUGCACAGUGAAUCAUGAAAUUGAUUCGUAUAAAAAAUUUAAUCAACUUAUUUAAAAAAUGAAGGUUAGCUCAGUAGCAACAAUAGAAAGUGGACAUGCAUACAGAGGCUCCAGGGGGUCGGUAAGUGCAAUUUUAAAAUCGCUUUCCAACGAAAGUCUUUAUAUUUAUUUAAUUCUACUUUUGAGAAUGAACAUUUUAAUAUGGAAAUUAUCACAAAAGAUUUUUUUUUAACCAUUGCUUACAAAAAAACUUUGCUCUUUGCUAAAAAGUAGAAUUAUAGACUGGUUGUUUUUUUUUACUUCUGGUCCUGGUCGUUUGCCGUCCGUUGAUCAAUCUAAUAGUCAAAAAGCCCUGCCCUAACACUUUCCCCCCACCCCCAUCCCAAAAUCAUACAGUUAUGACCGGUGGUUAUUACGCAGCAUAGAGACGUUGUAACUCUGUGGCAUCACCCCACAUGCGACCAUUCAGGUUAGCACGAAGAAGACGAAUCGACCGAACGAGAGGGUCACGUGUGACAGCAAAAAAAUUAUGCUACGAACCCCAUGGAUAUGCGAAAGAAAGUCUUUUAUAAUAAUAAUAAUAAUAAUAAUAGAAGACCGCCCCCUUCGCACCCCUUCCCACACCACUGGUAACGCUAAAUAAACAUGGAUUCUCCGGGAUGAACCAGGAACAAGACCAACUAUAAUAAAAUACUGUACGUCAUAGAAUGGAUAAACUUUCUGAAAAUGUGUGUGAUAAAUUGAAUGCGCAUUUAACGAAAUAUGAAUCAUACUAGCUUUAGCCUGCCAAACAAUGGCGGCCGCAAUACGUGAACGUCCCAUCUACUUACUAAAGUUAUUUAACAAAACAUGCAUUCAAGUUCAAGUAACGCUUUUUAUAAGAUUAGUGCUCCCCCCCCCCCCCCCAAUACGCUACCGCCCCUGAACUACCAUAAUAUCUUAAUGCCCCCCCCCCCGCCCCCAUACACCGCAGAUUUAUUACACCAACAGCUAUAGCCCGUAAAAAAUGGCGUGAACUUCCCAUUUACUUAAGUUACUUGACAAAACAUGCAUUCAAGUAACAUACUUCAUAAGUAUCCCAUUAGUGCUUCCCCCCCCCCCCACCUCCUCAGGUUAGCAAGCGCCCACUUUUUCACACCCCUGAGCCCUGAACUAUAUUAAAAUUCUAAUAUCCAACCCCCUUUUAUACCACAGAUAUAUAAAACCAUCUAUAAAUUGAGACUAUUUUUGUAAAUGAAAGGAAAAUAUUAUCCGUAAAACAAAAGAAAAUAUUACGCAGCAAAGGCGCUUGUGGUAUGCUUAAGUAUCCCAUUUAGCGCAGUUUUCGGGAAAACUGAGCAGUGAAUUGGCUGAAGUGACAAUAGCAGUGCUGGAUUAACCUUAAGUACUAAGCAUUGAGCUUGUUGAAGUGACAACAGCAGAGCCGGGUAACCUUAAGUCAAAUGAAACACAUGCCUAGGGGCCUCAGCACCUCUUAGUGGUCACGCAACAAUGGAUCCAAUGUUUAGGGGAGAGGCGGGUACUUAAUUUAUUAUUGAACUAAUUACUUGUAAUGAUAUAGUAUAGUCAUGAUGGCGAUUGGACAGUUUCUGCCUCAUAGUCAUAGUUCCCACAUUAAGUCGAGCUUGCAUUCAGAAUGUAACUGAAGCUUUUGUGACCAGGGCGUACCAAUCGGUUGCAGAAUAAUUUAUAAUAUCCGACAAUCUUGAGACUAGCAGAUUAAAUCUUGUCAAUGUUUGGACCAACUUAUAGACUAGACAUGAGACAACAUUUUCAACCAACAACAUCAAGAAGUCUUUUUGCGAAUUGCUUUGAGUUCAAAAUGACCAGACUACCGAUCAGUCGUUCACAAUGAACUUUUUCGGCAAGGAAAACAAAUUGGAAUGCUAAAUUUAGCUACUAAUACUACACGGAAUUUCAUUAAUGAAGUAAAGACAAACUAAACAAGAAAUUGACUCUUUUUUUUCAAUGUCAAUAUGGAAAUUUAUAAUCUUUCAUUUUGGUGGAUUUUUCGAUAAAUGACAUAUCAUACAAUGGGAUACUAGUCCCGUUAUUCAGAAAUUGCAAGAUGUUCUAUUUUAAAUCAUAAGCAGGUGCAUAUGGAAACAAUGUUUUUCUUGUUAUCACCUUUAGUUGUAAGGCUAAAAUCCUAUAAUGGUAUUGACUCAUUUGGGCUUUAAUAAGUUCCUCAAUUGAAUUGUUAGUGUACUUAUAUUUAGCUAUAAAUAAAAAUAAAUUAUUCAAUUAUUUUACAAGGGAAAGGCUAUAAAUAAAAUAAUAUCCCAAUAAAAUGUGGGAAAAUAAUCAAUUUAGAAAGGAACAUGCAGAAAUAACGCAAUUUAAUAUUACUGAUAUAAAUAGAUUUCAAACGAUGAUAUAGGCCUAGAUCAGGGGUCGGGAACCUAUGGCUCGCGAGCCAGAUGUGGCUCUUUUGAUGGCUGCAUCUGGCUCGCAGACAAAUGUUCGAUUAUAAAAAAAAGUCGCAUUAAUGUUAAGAAGUACUCAUUAUUGAUUAGCAGCAGCAUAAAAAUGUUAUAAAAAAGAAUUCAGAGACAUAAUUAUUGCAUUUUAGUGUUGAAAAGACACAAAAUGCACACAUUUUACUUGAAUUUUUAGUUUUAAACAUAAUGUAUGGCUCUCACAGAAUUACGUUUCAAAAUAUGUGGUGUCCUUGGCCCUCUCAGACAAAAAUUUUCCCGACCCCUGCUAUAGAUGAUCACCACCUUAAUACUCAACCAGUAUAAACGACUCUUUAUUUUACAACUUCCCAGCAUGUUCGAGAACAAUGGACAAGCAAACUGGACUUUUUGCUCUCUUGUCUUGGAUUUGCUGUUGGCCUUGGAAACGUAUGGAGAUUUCCAUAUCUGGCAUACAGCAAUGGAGGAGGUGAGUACUAGGAUUGCACAAUGACCAGUUUGGCCAAAUACACAUUAAUUAUUAUUUAUUUAGCUUAAAACUGCAAUGUCUAUUUUAAUUACACAUUUAGGCACAUCAUAUCGUGUCCUAAUUGAUCACAGUCAUAAAGCUACUACUUGGGUCACGUGAAGUAAGGUGUUACAUAAAAAAAUUGAUAACCGGGUCGAGAAUAUAAGCGAGAGAAUAUAAGCGAGAGAAUAUAAGCGAGAGAAUAUAAGCGAGAGAAUAUAAGCGAGAGAAUAUAAGCGAGAGAAUAUAAGCCAGAGAAUAUAAGCCAGAGAAUAUAAGCCAGAGAAUAUAAGCCAGAGAAUAUAAGCCAGAGAAUAUAAGCCAGAGAAUAUAAGCCAGAGAAUAUAAGCCAGAGAAUAUAAGCCAGAGAAUAUAAGCCAGAGAAUAUAAGCGAGCGUUUCUCUGUCACCCAAGAUCUGAACGUUGGGCCUAGACCGGAAAUUAAAAUGUGAUCACAACAAAGAUAAGAUGACCCUCAUCUGCAAAGUUGAUAUGAGUCGACCAUUGACAUGGCUAGAACUAUGUCAUAUCAUCAUUGAAAGUUGUAUCACCUACACCCAUGUUUCACAACAUUCUUUUCCUUUUUGAGUUCCCCAAAAUGUUUAUUUAAUGCCCCCCCCCCCCGGUUCAGUCCAACACUGCCCACACCCUUUUGAAAUUUAAAUAAAUCUACCCCCCCCCAAAAAAAAAUAUCUUAAAAUGCCCCACCCCCCCCCUUUUUUUUCACUGGGGUGUAAACUCUUGCCAACACCAAAGACUGACUUUAAAGCAGUGGUUUUCAAACUUUUUCCGCCCCUGCCCCCGGCGCAAUAAACCCAUUCCUAGCCCCCCUUUCCCCCUAACCCUAAUCCCCCCCCCCCCGUGCUACCAAAAAUAUAUUAAGCAGGACAGAGGGUAGCACAACUCUGUAAAAAGAUUAAAACACAAUACAUUUUUGUAUUGUUACAUGCAAUUUAACUUUUAUUUAAAAUGUUUAAAAUCUAUUUACUAAAAAUAAUUCAGCAAUGAACGACUCUUAUAAUAAGUACAGCUUAUUUAAUGUAAGAUUAUGAUUGGGCCCUUGGAAAUUAAUUAUGCCUAUGCAUCGUUAAAAUAUGAUUACUGAAUGCUCUGGGUGUGUUCUUAAAACACUCUUAAACCAAAACUUUCAGAAAGAGUGCAUAUGUUUCUUUUCACGAUAGAGUUUCUCGACCAACCACCAAAAUAACAUGACCAGGUGAAAAUUUAGGAAAUUUACUUGUGAAACAAAAAAUUCAAAUAAUAUUUCCUAAACUUUGGUGUCGGCUUUGAAUUAGCUAUUCAUCAAAACGACCUAAUUAAGUCAUCUAAAACUUAAGAUGGAUUUCUCCUAGAUUCUGAAAUUUAAAUUUAAGAAGAUCCGUAAAUAGGUCAGACACAAUUUUAUUUACCGUAUUAAAAUGGUCACAAUAUAUUUAAACAGUAGCGUCACUAAGGGGUGUGUACCGCACCGGAGGACACCCUUACAGGAGAAUGGUGCCAAAUUGCACAUUUGACAAUGUUAACUCAAGUCCAUUUAAAAAAUUAUCAUGAGCAGAGUACCACAAAAGCAGGUUGCCGCCAGAACAGUGUCUCACCAUAGCAGGUUGCCACCAGAACAGUGUCUCGCCAUAGUAGGCCUACUUUGCCACCAGAAAAGUGUCUCACCAUAGCAGUUUGCUACUAGAGCAGCGUUUCACCAUAGCAGGUUGCCACCAGAAAAAGUCUCACUAUAGCAGGUUGUCACAAGAAAAGGGUGUGAGAGUUCUUUCACCAAAACAGGGUGCCAUGAGGUGGAGAAGGGUGUCAUCAGAGUAGAUUGCCACGAGAGAAGGUUAUGUCAGAUAAGGUUCCAAACCAAAUAGAUUGACACCAGAGCAGGCAGACUCUGUGAGAUCCAUGGCUAAGUCUCAAAAGAAGGAGGUUGGCAUUAUGGGUUUACCGCACUCGGUAUCACCACCCCCACCCCCACCCCUAGUGAAAACACUUACUUUAUCCUCUUAACAUCUCUUCCCUUUCCCUUUUAGGUUCGACGGACUUGAAGAGUUGUCAAUAUAUCUAAUGAUCAGAGUUAAUUAAGAUAUGAAAGCAGAUUUAAUUUAGAUAUGAAAGUAGAGUUAAUUCAGAUAAGAAAGUAGAGUUAAUUUAGAUAUGAAAGUAGAGUUAAUUUAGAUAUGAAAGUAGAGUUAAUUUAGAUAUGAAAGUAGAGUUAAUUUAGAUAUGAAGUUAGGGUUAAUUCAUUUGGUUUAGAUAAUAUUGAAAUCAUUUUCCAUAAAAAGUUAACUGAUGUUAUUAAAAUCCGCAACUAUAUAUGACAACAGCUAAGGCGUGUCUCAUGACUUUGGGGUCAGCACUGAGAGAACAAAUAAAUAGCUCCUUAAAGCGACCUGCACACUCACACCUGUGAACGUAAAUAAAUGUUUAGUUUGUAUCUAACAGAUGUUGGCGAUGAACCAAACAAUAAAGAGCAGAGAAAUUAGGAAUUUGUUUUAAAACUGCUAAAAACAAACUUCCUUAGUGGUAAAGUGAAACCUCGUCCAUUUUCAAAAAGUCCCUUAAAACUCAUCUGUUUAGGUCCGCCUAUGACCUGUGAUGCACCCUCCUUGCCCUACCUAAUUUUCUGUUUCGGUUUAAUCCUGAAGUGUCAAAGUGUCCUCUUUUUAUAGCCAUUUUCAUUGUUUCUAUAGAAUAGUAGUUACUAUCCUAGUGUCUCAUUUGUAUUUACUUAGUUUACAUGUUUUAAUAAUUGUAAAGCGCUUAGAGCUUUAUGAUAAGCGCUAUAUAAAAAUGCCUAAAUAAAUAAAUAAAUAAAUAAAGUCAAAUUAUGCACAGUCACGCCAAUCUCCUUUAUAAAAAAACGUUCAACUGCCAUCUGUAUUAAGACGAACAAACUUUUAUGUAAACAGUCAUAAAAUAAAAUGAUACGUAUAGGGCCUAGUUAUAUUUGACCUAUAAGCAUGACCAUCUCUGACAAGGCAUUGCCAUUGAUAAAUUAAAAACCUUUCAAUAGUAUUGCCAUUGAUAAAUUAAAAACCUUUCAAUAGUAUCAAAAUCUGACAUUCAUAACAAUGCUCCGUGUUUUUUUGUUUGUGUUUGUUUUGUUGUUGUUGUUUUUUUUGGGUUUUUAUUUUUUUGUGCAUUAUUUGACAGAUGCCUUUCAUGGUCAUGAGUUGUUGUUUUUUCUAGGCCGAUAAUGAUCAAUAAUUUUUAAUCAUUUUUUAAAAAAUCAAUUAAUCUUAUAUAUAAGACGUGUCCUCUGCUUUAAUCCACCACCGCCCCUUUAAGUAGUCCCAGCGCCGCCCUAAAUCUGCUGAGCGUUUACCGCCCCCUCCCCGAUAUCCCACCAACCCCUGGGGGUGGUACUCCCUCUUUGAGAACCACUGCUUUCGAUAUUAUUAUACAAGUAGAAUUAAGAUAAAUUACUUUGUUUUAAGUUAUUUGCCAAAUGUGAAAAUGCUCCUGAUAUAUGUACUGUAGAUAAACACUGAAUGUUGCUAAAAGUAUUGUAAAUUAUUUUAAAUUUUGACCAAAGUUACGUGACUAUAUGCAUAACAAUCAAUUAUAACGGAAUAUGGAAAACAAGUUAAAUUACCCGAACAUAUGUUUUAUAAGUACUGAUUAUUACUGCAUAUCGUCAUUUUAUUCACGCAUUUUCAGGUGCCUUUUUUAUACCCUACUUUACAAUGCUUAUAUUUGUGGGCAUUCCUAUAUUUCUUAUGGAGUCUGUGAUUGGUCAAUUCUCUAGCAGUGGACCUACAACGUGCUGGGACUUUUGCAGAAUCAUUGAAGGUUUGGUAAUAUUAAUCCUCUUUAUCAGUGCUGCUAACUAUAUUUUAUAAUAUAAGCAAUGAUAUUAUGAUAGGUUAUAAAAUUACGUUUCAAGCAUUUCGAAUGUUAACUUUUUUUUUUUUAAAGUUUUCUCAUAUUAUUAAAAUUAUUGGAUUUUGUCAAACUAAAAUUCUUCUCAUUUAUUUUUUUCUACCAAAACAGGUUGUGGCUAUGCAAUGAUCUUUGUGACGUUUCUGACAUGCAUUUUCUACAACAUGAUUAUUGCAUGGGCUUUUUUCUACAUUUUCAUUUCACUUACACCAGAAGUGCCGUGGUACCACUGUGGUGACUGGAGCACACCUUGUAGGACGUUUGUUGAUUUCAAAUUAUUUUUUUCAAUUGAAAAAAGAAAUAUCUAAAUCUUACAGAUAAUUUGAAUGAUCUUAACUAAUUGAAUAAUAGAAGACUAGCAUUUAUUGGAUAAUACCUGAUGGCCUGUAAUAUGAAUGUAUAAUCUAUGGUAGGCUGUAAUCUAAGGUAUAAUCUUAAUCUAAGGUUUUUAAUUUUCGCAUGCUAAUAUAUAAAAUAUAAUUAUUAGUCAUACAUUCUCUAGUUUAUGCUUGAAAUAUGCUGACAUCUUAUAAUAGGACCCUUAAAAAUCACAUUUAGUUCACAGUAUAGACAAAGAAAAAAACACAGUAAUACUUAAUGUGUUAAAUUGCUUGACUUUGUGGACUUUGAUUAUAAAUCAUUGAGACCUGGUUUUUUCUUUUCUGUUUUUUUAAAUGUUCAUGAAGGCAACCAUGAGAUACACAAGUACUGAUUAGAUGAUUUUUUUCUAUCAUUAUACAUUGCAAAAUUGUAAUUAUAUCUUUGCAAGACUGUAGCGAGAGAGUGCGAUACACAACGCUAGAAGGUUGCAAGAAUGAGAGUGGUUCACCCUUACCCAAUGGCCUGUGCAACUCAAAAGAAUCUAAUGGCACUGUCUGGUUAUGGAAUACUACCUUAGCCCAAGCAAAUGGAAUAUAUGUCAACUUUCCUGCAAAGGAAUAUUUUGAGUAAGAAAAUAAAUGCAAUUUUUAAAAUAAGGCCCAUUAAAAGAAUUUUUUUAUUAAUGUUCAUUAAGGGUAUUUUGAUGAAUCAAUUUUUUUUUUUUUAGAAACUUAACUAUGUUUUAGACAUAUUCAUAUGGUAAUGAUGAAUUUAUGAUUUUUUUAAAUAUAUACCUGUAUUUUUCUUACUUGCAGGCGGAGGGUUCUAGGGGCAACAGAAGGCUAUGAUAUAUCUAAUAUUGGACCAAUGAGACUUGAUUUAGUUUUGUGUCUAAUUCUGGCAUGGCUCUUAGUUCUCCUAUGUUUAGCUAAAGGAAUAAAGAUCACUGGAAAAGUAUGUUGAUAUUUUCAAACGAAUGCUUAAUUCAGCUUUUACAAAAUUAGAAAUUGGUUGCUCAGAAGGAGACAACUCAUUUACACAACUAAUGGAGGAGCCUAUGACAAAUUUAAGAAAAACGUCUAUUUCUCUCCUAUUUAAAUUAGGGAAACGCACAAUUCAAAAUGUUUUAAAUUCUUUACCAUUUCAUAUAGGUUAACUAAUUAUAGUAGUUAUCACUAUAAAAUAAAAUUUACCAGAAUAUGAAAUAAUGUUGGCAACAGUAAUUUUGCCCGCCUCUUGACCAAGAGGUAGCAGUAGUAAAUUUUGUCAGAUCGUCCCUAAGCGAAGAGUAACAUAGAUGAAAUGGAAUCAUUAGCUAUGUAAGGCAACUUUUCUUUGGGAGAAGCCGGAAACCCUGAGUAAAAAAAAAUGCCACUGGAUGCUUCCAUGGGAAAACAUUAGCAACAUAGUUGCAAUUACUGGGCUAUCUUGGUGCAUAACAAACAGUACUAUACAAAAAGGCUGUAAUCCUAAAAGAUACAUUCCAUGGCUGCAAAAAUAAAUCUGAUGGAAAAAAAAUUCAGGUUUUCAAUUGUUUAUGAAAGUUAUUAUCCGUAGAUUUUUAUACUUUGGCAGGAUGCAAUGAAGAAUGGAAAUUGUUUUCAUAAAACAACUGAGCGAAAACAGAAUGAAGAACCAGUGGCAUCACUAGGGUUGAAAUCACCAAAUGAGGUUAACUCAUGGUUUCACCUCUUCCAGACUUCUGGUAGCACCCUGAUCUGGUGGUACCCUGUUCUGGUGCCACCCUGCUCUGUCUGGUGAAAUCCUGUUUCGGUGACUUCCUGCACUGGUGGCACCCUGCUUUUUUAAUUUAACCUAGAUCUGUUAUAAAACUGACCCAAACGGGCUCUGUCAAAUUUUUAAUUUUUCAUUUGGUGUCACCUCUAGGAGGGUUUUACCUGGUGCUGUCUGCACCCUGUUAGGGAUACUACUGUGAUGAACCUUAAGAUCUAAACAGAUCAUGGUAAAAGCCAGCAAUAAGUUUUCUCAGUCAUUCUAGAUGUAAGUUGUUAAUUAAAGUUUUGCUUUAUUUUGACUUAUACUAAAUUUUCAGAUUGUUUAUAUCACAUCCACGAUGCCCUAUCUGAUGCUAUUUAUUCUUCUCUUUCGUGGCCUUUACCUUGAUGGUGCAUUGGAAGGAAUAAUGUAUUAUAUAUCACCAAACAUAACUGCAAUUAAGUCUCCAAGGGUAACAAUGAAUGUUGAAAUAUUAUUUAGUAAAUUUUUACUUUGUAAAUAAAUAUCAUCAUCUUCCCAAUCCAGCAGCCACUUGGGCUAUUGCUCUUUGGCCAUAUAGAUAAUUUUGCAGAUCUUCUCUAGUUGUUUAGUCUGCAUUUAAAAUGUUAAUGUAGUCGGUAUUUGUGAUGAAUAAUUAAAACGUACGUCCUGGAGUGCUGCCAGUGAAAGAGGUGUUGUGUUAAAGUCUCAUUGAGAUGUUGGUAGAGGGGGCACAUGGCUGUUUAUCUAGUUUUAUGAGGGUGUAAGUUCAGUUGGAUGUGUCCUGUGCCAAAGAUUAAAGUUUGACGUUAUUUAGUUAUUUUUGCUGUUCUUUUGAUGCUCCCUAAUGUGCUAGUGCAUCUGCUGCUCUCAUAUUUCCCUGCAUAUUUCAUAUAUUAUCCAAUGUAAAAUACCUCACUUAAUGUUAUAAUAUGCCAGUUAAAAAUAUGUUAUGAUCAUUUGUAAAGAUUUUUUUUUCAUUUGAGUUAUUAAAAAAUAAUACAAAUUUUUGUGAAUAAAUCUGUGUUUUAAAACUGUAAAGACUGCUAAAACAUGUUAAAAUUUAGAUCCCUUUUGAGUCAUUUAACAUCUCUUUACUUGUUAUUUAUUGCUUCUAUUUAUUUAUUAUUUUGUAUCCAUGUAAAUUUAGAUUUGGAAAGAUGCAGCAGUUCAAAUAUUUUUUAGUCUUUCAUCUUCUUAUGGUGGCCUGAUAACUUUGUCCAGUUACAACAAAUUUCAUAAUGACAUUUUAAGGUAGGUUUCGUGCGAGAUACUUUUCAAUAUGAUAUUUUUUGGUUAAAAAAUUAAGUAAUAUCUGUUAAAAAUGCUUACGUUUUAAAGCAUUUCUUAGGGUACACCAUAAAAAAAAUUCGUACUCAUUCUGAAUGACCAAAUUUAAUGACGAGACAAUUGGUUUUAUUUGUUUCCAGUGACUCAAUUUUUGUGUGUAUUGGUAAUAGCCUGACAAGUAUCUUUGCUGGGUUUGUUGUCUUUUCGUUUCUGGGAUUUUUGGCACGUGAUUUGAACACACCAAUAAGUAACGUAGCUGCUUCAGGU